GAUAGAAUUGAUGAAGAGGUUCUCUCUUUUGGUACGUCACACCACUUAUUAUGUAACGUACUUCCACCUCCUGCUGCCUUUUUGCCGCUCUCAUAUAACCGACUUCAUCUUCACUAUUCCCAAACGUGCACUCUUCUGCCUCUGCAACAUUCUCUCAUCUCCUUUUAAGAGCAAAUGGCUGAACAGGUAGGAACAGAGGCGUCACCGCCUUCUUUUGAUUAUAUGCUCUACGAAGGUGAUCCCGAACAUCUUCGGACCGUUGUAGCUACACCGAAUCUACCAAAUCCUCAAAUAAGUCCUUCUUUGUUGAAACUUAAGCACAGGAUAGGACAUGGACUGUUUGGGGAUGUUUGGUUGGCUACGCAUCAUCAAUCAUCACAUGAUUAUGAUGAGUAUCAUGAAGUGGCUGUUAAGAUGUUACAUCCUAUAAAAGAAGAAGAUAUGCCAAAGUUUAUGGCUAAGUUUGAGGAUUUAUUCCUUAAGUUCCGGAAACUCCCAAGUGUCUGUUGGUUGCAUGGUAUCGCAGUUCUAACUGGAAAGGCUUCUCCACAGAUUUGCAUCGUAAUGAAGUUUUACGAGGGGUCAGUUGGUGAUCGAAUGGCUAAGCUUAAAGGAGGAAAACUUGCAUUGCCUGAUGUUUUGAGGUAUGGAGUGGGGUUGGCUAAAGGAAUUCAUGAAGUGCACAUGUUAGACACGUUGGUGCUGAAUAUUAAGCCAACUAAUCUUCUUCUUGAUGAACAUGAUCAUGUGAUUCUUGGAGAUUUUGGGGUCCCGUUUCUUCUUCUUGGGGCCCAGUUGCCUGACCCGGAUAUGUCUCUUAAGCUCGGAUCGCCCAAUUACAUGGCUCCAGAACAAUGGGAGCCUGAAACCAGAGGUCCGAUUAGUGUUGAGACUGAUAGUUGGGGAUUUGGGUGCUGCAUUUUGGAGAUGUUGACGGGUGUACAACCGUGGUUUGGUAAAUCUGUUGGUGAGAUAUACAAAUCUGUUGUGGUGAAACAAGAAAAACCGCAGCUUCCGAAUGGUCUACCUCCUGCUGUUGAAAAUGUUCUUAAUGGCUGUUUUGAGUAUGAUCUUCGUAAUAGACCGCUUAUUGCAGAUAUUCUGCAUGCAUUUGAAAGUUCACGUGAUGCUGUGUUUAACGAUGGGGAGUGGAUUGGUCUAGGAAGCAGAAUAUCAGCAGACCAAAAAGUUGGAGGUAGCAGCUACUCCACAUGGUUUCUUACGAAAGAUCAUCUGCAAGUAGGUGAUGUUGUUCGAUCUCGAAAAAUACCGAACAAUUGCAAGAACAUGGCUGUACCUGAAGGAACCGUAGUCGGUUUGGAAAAAGAUACCGAUCGAGAUGGGUUUGUUCUGGUUCGAGUCCAAGGAAUCCACAACCCGUUAAGGGUUAACAUCACCACUCUAGAACGGGUCACUUCUGGGUUAGCCGCUGGUGACUGGGUGCACUUACUAGAUCCAAACAGAAACCGAAACCGAAACCACUCGUUUAUUGGCAUUCUACACGCGAUAGACCGUGAUGGGAACGUGAGUGUCGGUUUUAUAGGACUAGAGACACUUUGGAAAGGACACUGUUCUCAGCUCCAAAUGGCAGACCCGUUUUUCGUGGGUCAGUUUGUGAAAUUAAAGGCAAGUGUGUUCACACCUCGGUUUCAAUGGAUACGUAAACGUGAAGGAAUAUGGGCCACUGGUAAGAUUACACAAAUACUUCCGAAUGGGUGUCUUGUUGUGCAGUUUCCUGGAAAAUUUGUUUUCAAAGGCGAAGCGGAAUCAUAUUUAGCUGAUCCGGCUGAAGUUGAGCAUGUUUCGUUCGAUACAUGUUCGACUUUGGUGGAUAAGUAUCAGCAUGUUGAGGAUCAUCACUGGGCUGUUAGGCCACUUAUGAUUGCAUUUGGUGUGCUCACGGCUAUGAAGUUUGGUUUCAUUGUUGGUCAUAGUGUGGGUGCUAGACUGAAGAAAGGUGGUGCAAGUCGGGCGCGCAGUGGUGGUAGCGGUCAUGGUAAAGAUGGGCAAGAUGGUGGCGGCAAGUCGAAAUGGCUACCAUCACCUGUUGCAAAUAUACUUGCGAGAGACGGUUCCACGACUCCUGUUAUUGCCAGAUAAUGUGUUUGAUGUAAAAAAACUGAUGCUAAUGUCCGACUUGUAAGUUGUUUCUACUGUAAAUAUAUGCAACAUGUUCUAUUUCAAUGAUUCAAUCAAAUGUAUUCCAGUUAAUCCUAAUUUUAUACAUAUUUAGUUUCUUCAAAA